AUUCAUUGUAUUCAUUCACUCUCCCCACACCCAAUUCCCAACAAAAGCCUUAAACUCUUGCCCCUAGCAAUGUAUCCUAUUUACCACUUUGCCACUUCUCUCUUGCUACUCUUGUUUCUGGCCGAGCCCGGUUUGGGUGCUUUAGUGGAGGAGCAGCCCCUGGUGCUCAAGUACCACAACGGCGCUCUUCUCAAAGGCAACAUCACCGUCAAUCUCAUCUGGUACGGCCACUUCACCCCAAUCCAACGCUCCAUCAUCGUCGACUUCAUCCACUCCCUCGCCCCCCGGCGGGGCCCACUCCCCUCUGCCUCCUCCUGGUGGAAAACCACCGAGAAGUACAAGGGCGGCGCCUCCAAUCUCGUCGUCGGCAGGCAAAUCCUCCACGAGGCCUACUCUCUCGGAAAGUCCCUCGGCAACCGGCACCUGGUAGCCCUCGCCGGCAAAGUCAACGCGUUGAAGGCCAUCAACGUGGUUUUGACUGCCAGUGACGUGGCGGUCGACGGCUUCUGUAGCCGCUGCGGUACCCACGGCUCCGCCCGGGACAAGAAGUCGGCUUACGUGUGGGUUGGGAACUCGGUGGUCCAGUGCCCCGGCCAAUGCGCCUGGCCCUUUCACCAGCCCAUUUACGGCCCGCAAACCCCGCCGUUAGUGGCCCCAAACGGCGACGUCGGAGUUGACGGCAUGAUCAUAAACCUCGCCACUCUCUUGGCGGGAACAGUAACCAAUCCGUACAACAAUGGAUACUUCCAAGGGCCGGCCACCGCGCCGCUCGAGGCGGUCUCUGCCUGCACGGGCAUUUUCGGAACCGGGGCAUACCCGGGUUAUCCGGGUCAAGUCCUGGUGGACAAGGCGACCGGGGCGAGCUACAACGCGGUCGGGGUGAACGGGCGUAGGUUUCUACUGCCAGCCAUGUGGGACCCGCAGACCUCUGCAUGCAAGCCGCUUGUGUGACCGACGUGGCAAUCAUCUGCGCCGCACGCGAUUGUGUAGAUAUUAUUAUAAUAUUAUAUAUAAAUACAUAAUGUGAUGAUGGGAUGGUGUCCGAUGAGGACGGGGAGUGGAUAGGGUUGGGGGGUUUUGUACACACUUCAAGUUUGUCGUCUUGCGUGACGUGUAGAUCAAGUGGAAAUAAAGUGGUUAUGGUUAAAUAGAGCAAUUAUAGAGAGAGAAAAUGUUGUCUUUAAAAGUUAAAGAUGAAAGGAUGGUGCUCGUUUUCCGCUUUACAAGCAAAAGUUUGUGUUUUAUCGGAUAAACAAAAGCUUAAUGAUGAGUUAGCAACUA